CGAAGACUGCGCUAACUGGUCGAGUAAAAUCUCCAUGUGGUCACGAUGGUCUUUCUCCCCAGGAGUCUGCAUGUCGGUGACUCGCUAGCCAGCCAGCGCUGCACAGCAAGCUCUUUGGAGGAAUGCUCCAACGAGCAACACUGUCUUCGAGCCAGCCUCUCUCAAGACCGGCCUCUCCUUUCCCCUUCCCCCUCCCCCCCAAUCAUCCAGGUACCCGCCAGCGAUCCUGCACACUUUUCCGACGUUGCAAAAGACAACAUGUCACUGCCAGGGUACAGGGCUCACCUCAACUCCGCCUGCAUGAAAAGCAAUUGCUUCUUUCACCCCCUCCAUAUCCCGGCCAUGUCGACGAAGGUAGUGCGGCAGUCCCCAAAACACCUAGGACAGAAUACUGCACCCUUCUCUCAAAGCAGCAAGACUCAUGUUUUAAGACUCGAGAAGAAGCAAUUCGAAAAGGCGGAGAAAGAAAAACCAACAAUUCCCCUCAGAUUUCAUUUCCCCUCCAGCCCCCAGGGUUCGUCUCCUGCACACCGUUAUUGGCUCCUCGAUCAAGGAUGUCCGAGAAGCUCGAUCUUUCAGCUCCUUGUCCGCGCCAGGUUGCCUUCUUUUUCUCAAUUCUCCACUAACGUCUCGAAGCGCCCAGAAAGCUUCUUCCUGCGACUUCCCCAACAAAAGAAAAGUAAAUGCAAGAAGGCACGGCUUCCGUGGCGCCUCGAAUUGGCCCCCUUGGAGAAUACCCGUGGAAAAUGCCGCGCUUGUCGUUUGUCAAACUCGAGUGUCCUUGAAUUGAUUGACCUAACCGACCGCCUUUUGCUGCGAGGUCUGAUGUCUUGCAGCAUGCCUUGCAGAUACGGAACACUUUCAGCUACAUAAUUGACUUUUAACGAGUACUCACCAACACACUCACCUUUUUCAAUUUAUUCACGCGCAUUGGAGGGGAGAUUUUUGAAGCACCUUCACAGCUCAUCGGAUUCGUGUUUCUAUCUCUAGGUAAAGUUAAACGAGCGACCAGCAUCGAGG